AUGUUUGAGAUAGUUCAGGCGGUUUUCGCUGCCUUGUCUGCGGUAGCUCUCUYGGUGGUCGCCGGUAUAACCCUAGGCGGAUCAGCCUUGGCAUUAGCCGUAAGCACACCACUAUUUCUCAUAUUCAGUCCGGUUCUCGUACCAGCAACUGUAGCCACUACUUUGUUGGCUACCGGUUUGGCGGCCUCAGGCGGCUCAGGAAUGUCAGCUCUCACCAUCCUCUUGUGGCUCUACAAGAAAUAUACGGGCAAGGACCCGCCAAAGAUUCCGGGAGUGAAACCACCAUCGAUGGCAGAAGAAGAUACAUGA